AAUUCGAGUCACCACGUCGGACGUGCCAUCAAUGCUGCGUGCUGGACAUUAUUCUCAGUACCGCCCGCUCUUAACCUCGUGACCACACUGCCUUCGUCAUGGAUUAAUUCAGAUCUGACAAUAUUGGUGGACUGAAGAAUAGAGAGAUGUCGCUUCGGCUAUCUGCAUUAUCUUGUUUAUACAUGGAUCGCGGUCGUGUCCACCGGUUCUACCUCGAAUGUCAAGAACAAUGUCGAUUUCGACGCCAAUACAACUGGGUUUCAAUCUUAGCGGUGGACCGUGGCUUUUGACUAACUGAUAUGGACGCGUUUGAGGAACGGAAAAGUCGAGCAAACUGGCGCCCACAAGUCGCGCUAGCUGCUAUAAGUCCGGCCACGGUGGACGGAAAUCCAUACGCAACUCAAGACCGAGUCACUCGCUUUACCUCAAGAAUCCCCCGCUUUCAUUCAUCCCGCCUACUUUUCGCUGCUACUCUCUACGAUGUUCACUCGCCCUUAUGCUUUCAACCAAGCGGGUAGGGUGUCCUCUCCUUUUACGCCUCGGCGGUCUGGGCAUCCAGCUGGUCUUGGAUUUUCUAACCGCAUGAAGCCCUGCUUCAAUCUGUUCCAAGGACCGCAAUUUCAACACACUCCUUCGCCCCAACCCAGCCCAUUUACUAGUCCGGUUCGAGGGGGCGCGUCGCCCUUGGCUGAUGACGAUGCCCCACCAAAAAAAUCCAUUUUCGAUGAGUUUCCUAUGUUUGCAUCGCCGAAACGCGUUGUCAAUCCAGGACAUCCUCACAAUUGGUUCCAACCCAAGAAACCUUCCCCUCCUGCUGCGCAUGCGCAUGCACCUGCACCUGCCACUGCCAACCCUCCUCUGUCCGUUAAACCUUCUCCUCGCAAGCGCUUCGGUUACAAGCGACUAUCGAUAAAUCGCGAGGCUGCUCGCUCUUGCCUCCGAAACUGUCAUGGCCAAGAGAGAAUACGACAGAAGAAGAUUGCCCGUCACGAACGCCUCGCUGCGCGAGCCCGUGCUGACCUCCAACGUAUGCGCGACGAAGUGGAGAACACAAUGCACAGUACUCUCAUAACAAACGAAGACAAAAUUUUUGCGCAACAACUCCGGAGGUUGCACCUCGACUCGGUUUUCCGCAAUAAUCUCAGUCGCUACCGCGACACAGCCGAGCGAGCUGAAGAUGAAACGCCACAGAGACUCGAAGCGCAUGCCGAGAUGGAAAGCGAUGCGGAGCGCUUGAGGGAACAAGCCAAGAAGGAUGCCGAGAGGCAAGAGGAACUUCGCAUCAUCCGUAAAAUGCGUGAAGAGAAGGAAAAGAAGAGGCAGGAGGAAGAAAGAGUUCGUGUCGAGGAGGCACGUCGACGUGCCCGUGAAGACAGAGAGAAAUUGGAGGAACAACAGCGGAAGGCCAGGGAAGCCCGAGAGCGUGAGGCUAGGGAACGUGAGGCCAGGGGACGCGAAGCCCGAGAACGUGAGGCCAGAGAACGCGAGGCCAGGGAACGCGAAGCUAGGCAACGUGAGGCUCGGGAACGUGAAGCCAGGGAACACGAGGCUAGAGAACGGGGAGCUCGUGAACGUGAAGCCAAGGAACGCCAAGCAAGGGAACGAAAAGCACGGGAACGAGCUGAAGCAGCACAUCGUGCUGAGGAGAACCCCCGAGCACUCCAACAGUUGUUCGCUCUUUAUGAAGCGAAGUGGGCCGAACUCAAGACUAACCACACGCUGUCUUCCAUCGACGUCAGGGAACUGCCUUGGCCAAGUCUCGUAUUGAAGCACUUCACGGCGCAGGAGAUCACGCGCGAAGAUGUCCUCACCUUCAUCUUCCAUCCUCUUCGUCCUUGCCCGAUGCAGAAGUCGGCGAAGGAUAGAGUCAGGGUGGAAGUAUUACGGUUCCAUCCUGACAAGUUUAACGUUCUCGUACUUCCGAAGGUCAGAGAAGAUCAUCGAGCGGUCGCGCAGGAGCUAGCUGGCGCCGCAGUGCGGGCGUUGACUACGAUAAUGGCAGAAUCAGAUUAGAUGGUUUUAGACAAUUACUGUGCCACUCAUUGAUCUAACAGUAUUCAGUUGUGAAGCAUGACUAGAAUAUAUACUUGGUGUUUAACGAGACGUCUAGAUUGAUUCAAUCGAUGACAUACACUACCCGUACCAACGGAAGACGUAAU